UGAUUGAGGAGCAAGAGAAGAGACACUCCCAAACUACUUCCCAUUGGCCAUAGGCCUUUCGGAGAUGGAAUUUAACGACUUGAAGGAAAGACUGUUGCUGCAGGAGCCACGGAGGCAUUGGUUAUAAGGGCCCUUUCAAACUCCUGCUCUGAGCUUGUCAACAGGUGUCAGAGAGAGAAGCAAUAGAGCGACAGAUUCUCAGGCUUUCAGAGGACGGAGUCACAGGGAAUUGCGACGCCAUGACUACUAGACUUCACUGGCUCUCAAGAGCCCUCUGCCUGAUAGGCAUACUGUGCACUGUCACUACCACAUAUGUGACAGAAGAUUCUCCAGCCCCCGCUGAGAAAGGAGUCACCUUCAGCCACAUCUAUAAGAUAGACCUGACCAAGAGCCCUGGCUGUAAAUUGGCCUUCCAGACCAUGCCUCACCAGCAGGACCAGGGAUUAGGUCUGCAAGAGCUGGAGGGGGGCCCUACUCUGGAGGGGGACAAGGACAUAGUAUUCAGGCACCAAAUCAACCUCAAGACCUCAAAGUGUGACUGUGAUGAGUCGGAGCGCUUCAAGUCUUUGCUGUACAGAGUCAACGGGCUGGAGGAGGAGGUGGAACACCUGAAGAGUCAGUGCUCCCAGGGCUUCUGUGGGGGCAAAGGUGGUGGAGCAAGAGGUGUGGACACUAGCUGUAGUGGCCACGGGACCUACCAGCACGGCACCUGCAGCUGCCAAUGUAACCCUGGCUGGGAAGGCCCAGACUGCUCCAUCUCCACCUGUCCUGAUGAGUGCAACGACCAUGGGCGCUGUGUGGAUGGCAAGUGUGUGUGCCUUGCUGGCUACAUGGGGAGUGACUGCAGCCAGCUGAUGUGCCCAGGUGACUGCAACGAUAAGGGAUACUGCGUGGACGGGAAGUGUGUGUGCUUCAGCCACUUCACCGGCGAAGACUGCAGCGAACAGAAAUGCAGUCCUGACUGCGUCCACGGUACCUGCGUGAAUGGAAUGUGUAUCUGUGACGAGGGCUUCUUCGGGGAUGACUGCUCUACAGUGUUUGGCCCUAACGGCCUGCGUCUGGUCAGGGUGACUGAUGUCUCGCUGCUGGUAGAGUGGCAGGCGGUGAGAGCAGCAGAGUACUACGUCUUGGCCUGGCACCCUGAGGGCAACGAGGCAGAGCAGGAGCGGGUCACCGUUCCCAACACAGAGACCUCCUACCUGAUCACUGGUCUUAGGCCGGGGGUCACCUACAUAGUGCAGGUGUACGCUGUCAUCAAGGAGAUCCAGAGCGAGGGGGACAGGAUAGAGGCGACCACAGUGGUGUCUGGUAUUGAUGGUAUCCGGGUAUUGGGCCAGACUGAGGACUCUAUCCAGGUGGACUGGCAGAACCCUGCAGCACCUCUGGACCACUUCAGACUAACCCAUGCUAACCCUGACGGGCAGGAGGAGGAGCAGAUCGUACCUAUGAGCGCAGAGGCCAGGACCACCAACACCAUCGUAGGACUGCAACCUGGCACUGAGUACCUCAUCACAGUGCAAGGCAUCAAAGGCACCAUCGAGGGGAAAGCCUCCUUCGUCACCGGGGUCACAGAUCUUGAUGCUCCUACGAACCUCUUGACCAAAGAAGUGACAGAGGACACUGCUACCGUGGAAUGGCAGAAGGUACAGACAGAGAUCGAUGGCUACGUGAUCAGCUACAGCUCUGCUGAGGGCUCCAGUGGGGAAAUCCCUGUGGGGGCAGACAGCAGCUCCUACAGGCUGACUGGGCUGAGGCCUGGAGUCAUCUACACAGUCUACAUCUGGGCUGUCAAGGGCUCCCGGGUCAGCAGGAAGAGCUCCACAGAAGCUGAGACAGAUCUGGAUGCUCCUGCUAACCUGUUGACCAGAGAAGUGACAGAGGACACAACGACAGUAACAUGGGAAAAAGUCCAAGCUGAAAUUGACAGCUAUGUGAUCAGCUACAGCUCUGCUGAGGGCUCCAGUGGGGAGAUCCCUGUGGGGGCAGACAGCAGCUCCUACAGGCUGACUGGGCUGAGGCCUGGAGUCAUCUACACAGUCUACAUCUGGGCUGUCAAGGGCUCCCGGGUCAGCAGGAAGAGCUCCACUGUAGCUGAGACAGAUCUGGAUGCUCCUACUAACCUCUUGACCAGAGAAGUGACCGAGGACGCAGCCGAUGUGUCAUGGGACAGACCUCUAGGGGACAUCGACGGCUACGUGAUCAGCUACAGCUCUGCUGAGGGCUCCAGUGGGGAGAUCCCUGUGGGGGCAGACAGCAGCUCCUACAGGCUGACUGGGCUGAGGCCUGGAGUCGUCUACACAGUCUACAUCUGGGCUGUCAAGGGCUCCCGGGUCAGCAGGAAGAGCUCCACUGUAGCUGAGACAGAUCUGGAUGCUCCUACUAACCUCUUGACCAGAGAAGUGACCGAGGACACAGCCGAUGUGUCGUGGGACAGACCUCUAGGGGACAUCGACGGCUACAUGAUCAGCUACAGCUCUGCUGAGGGCUCCAGUGGGGAGAUCCCUGUGGGGGCAGACAGCAGCUCCUACAGGCUGACUGGGCUGAGGCCUGGAGUCAUCUACACAGUCUACAUAUGGGCUGUCAAGGGCUCCAGGGUCAGCAGGAAGAGCUCCACUGUAGCUGAGACAGAUCUGGAUGCUCCUACUAACCUCUUGACCAGAGAAGUGACCGAGGACACAGCCGAUGUGUCGUGGGACAGACCUCUAGCGGACAUCGACGGCUACAUGAUCAGCUACAGCUCUGCUGAGGGCUCCAGUGGGGAGAUCCCUUUGGGGGCAGACAGCAGCUCCUACAGGCUGACUGGGCUGAGGCCUGGAGUCAUCUACACAGUCUACAUCUGGGCUGUCAAGGGCUCCCGGGUCAGCAGGAAGAGCUCCACUGUAGCUGAAACAGAUCUGGAUGCUCCUACUAACCUCUUGACCAGAGAAGUGACCGAGGACACAGCCGAUGUGUCGUGGGACAGACCUCUAGGGGACAUCGACGGCUACAUGAUCAGCUACAGCUCUGCUGAGGGCUCCAGUGGGGAGAUCCCUGUGGGGGCAGACAGCAGCUCCUACAGGCUGACUGGGCUGAGGCCUGGAGUCAUCUACACAGUCUACAUAUGGGCUGUCAAGGGCUCCCGGGUCAGCAGGAAGAGCUCCACUGUAGCUGAGACAGAUCUGGAUGCUCCUACUAACCUCUUGACCAGAGAAGUGACCGAGGACACAGCCGAUGUGUCGUGGGACAGACCUCUAGCGGACAUCGACGGCUACAUGAUCAGCUACAGCUCUGCUGAGGGCUCCAGUGGGGAGAUCCCUGUGGGGGCAGACAGCAGCUCCUACAGGCUGACUGGGCUGAGGCCUGGAGUCAUCUACACAGUCUACAUCUGGGCUGUCAAGGGCUCCCGGGUCAGCAGGAAGAGCUCCACACCAGCUGAGACAGAAAUUGAUUCGCCUAAGAACCUAAAAGCGUCAGAUGUUAAGCUGGACGCUGCGACCCUGACCUGGACUGCUCCCUUAGCCAGAAUCGAUGGCUACAUCCUCACAUUCAGAGCUGAGGAUGGCACAUUGAAGACUUUGGAGAAGAAGCUGAGGGAAGGAGAGAGCAGGUUUGCCAUGUCAGGCCUGGAGAUGGGAAAGAACUAUAUUGUUACCCUCCUCGCUUACAGAGGAGCAAAGAAGAGCAGAGUGAUAGAGACCACAUUCAAAACAGUGGGUUUGUUGCACCCGUUCCCCAUGGACUGUACUCAGAUUAAGACGAAUGGUAACAUGGCAAGUGGAAUCUACACGAUUUAUAUCAACAGUGAUCGCACCAAGCCCAUGGACGUGUACUGUGACAUGGACACUGAUGGCGGUGGAUGGGUGGUGUUACAAAGACGCAACAAUGGACAGAUGGACUUCAUGAAGCGCUGGAGACCGUACAUGGCCGGCUUUGGGAACAUGACUGAUGAGUUCUGGCUCGGUCUGGACAAUAUCUAUGAGCUGACCAAUACUCCUACCCAGUAUGAGUUGCGAGUGGACCUGGGUGUGGGUUCAGAGAAGGCCUAUGCCGUCUAUGACAACUUCAAGAUAGCCCCGGCAAAGCAGAAGUUCAAGCUGACCAUCGGCAAAUACAGAGGAACAGCAGGUGAUGCCAUGAACUACCAUCAAGGUCGCCCUUUCUCUACUGUUGACAAUGACAAUGACAUUGCUCUUGGUAACUGCGCCCUGACUCAUCGUGGCGCUUGGUGGUACAAGAACUGUCACCUUGCCAACCUGAACGGCAAAUUCGGAGACAACAGACACAGCAUGGGUGUGAACUGGGAGCCAUGGAAAGGCCACCUCAUGUCUCUUGAUUUCACUGAGAUGAAGAUCCGGCCAGUGGGCGCCGCCAGGAAGAGGAGGUCGCUUAGCAGCAGAACAGCUCCCAGAAAAUAGUCCCCUCUGACUAACUAAAAUAUUCAAUGGGAACCUCAUUACAAACCAGGCAGAGUAGCUAGAGCCUCAACUCUAUCACAGGAUUACUGUAUAACUUACCUCUGUAACGUAUCACAUGACUGUCUUUAUUAUGAAUAGAGGUCCCCUUUGUGAUAGCAAAUUCAUCAGGGACCCCCUCAUAAUCAGAACACAUCUCGAGUGAGAUAAAAAAUAACAUUCAAAGAGUUUUACUAUGACUUCAGCAGUGCAUGGCCAGACGAACCAAGUCUCAGUCCCUGGAAAGGAAUGUUAAACAUAAUUUUAAAAAUGUAUAUUGUUUGACUUUUUUUUAUCUGGACACGGACCCCCUGUGGACCCCACUUUAAGAAUCCCUGAGCUAGAUGACCCAUUGACACCAUGUUUUUAGAAUAGUUAUACCGCUCUUGUUCACAUUCAUAACAUAGCAUAGACCCUGACCCUCUCUUCUAAGGUUUGGUCCCCUGCCUACCCAGCCUACUCUGAGUUAGCUAGACAUCACAUUUCAGAUGUCAUGCAUAGGAAAUAGAAUGGAUGAUAUGCUCCUGUGCUUGUAAGAUUGUAUUUUCAAAUGUGUAUUGUAGUUGUUGUAUUAUAUUCAUGCCACACAUUCUCAGAGAAAUAAAGUCCCCCCCAAAAAGUU